CGGGAGCUGCGUCGGGCUGGGCUGUGCGCGCUGGUGCAGACCGAGGGCGCCGAGCGAGGACUCGCCUGGGCGGAGCCGGCGCGCGCUUUGCUCCGGGGCAGCCGCUCGCUCGCUAUGAAUGCGGCCCGGGCUCUGCUCUCCGCCGUGUUCCUCACCUACUUCUUCUGGGGGGAUCUGCCGUGUUGCCAGCAGGCUACCAUCCCCGUCGCCGCGCCGUCUCCCCGGGAGUCCGCCAAAGGCAUGCGGAGCCGUCGCGGGAGCAAAGCGCCCCGAUCGCCCAGGGAGGCCGCUCGAAGGGGACCCGCCGCCGCCGCCCAGCUGCGAGUGGAGCCCCACGAGUACAUGCUCUCCCUCUAUCGGACCUCCUCCAUCGCUGAGAAACUGGGCAUCAACGCCACAUUCUUCCAGUCCUCCAAAGCCGCCAACACCAUCACCAGCUUUGUGGACAGGGGGCGAGACGAUCUUUCGCCCAGCGCUUUAAGGAGACAGAAGUAUUUGUUUGAUGUGUCGACUCUCUCAGACAAAGAGGAGCUGGUAGGAGCUGAGCUGCGGCUCUUUCGCAAAGCCCCCGGCGAUCAUUUCUCCAAGGCUCAGACAGGCCUGGCCCAUUUGCAGGUCUUGCCCUGCCUUUCGGACCGCCUCCUGGACUCCAGGACUCUGGACCUACAGGAGGCGGCGUCUGCUCCGGUCGGUGGUGGCGGCUGGGAGGUGUUUGAUGUGUGGCAGGCUUUGCAGCCUCAUCAGCCUUGGAAAAAGCAGCAGCAACAACAACAACUUUGCCUGGAGCUGCGAGCCGUCGUGGGGACUCGUAUUCAGGCUCAGCAGCAGCUGAUAGACCUGCGCAGCCUGGGCCUGGGUAGAGGCACCCGGCCGCAGCAGGAGAAAGCUCUGCUGGUGGUUUUCACCAAGUCUAGGCAGAAGAAUCUCUUCGCGGAGUUACGCCAGGAACUGGAGGCCCAGCAGCAGAGCGCGCAUGCGCUCUCCCAGGAGUCGAGGGCAACCGUGAAGCUGCACUUCAAGAGCCGCCGAAUGAGGCGCACGGCUUAUAACAACCGCCACGGCAAGCGGCACGGCAAGAAAGCCCGGCUUCGGUGCAGCAAAAAGGCCUUGCACGUUAACUUCAAAGAGCUGGGCUGGGAUGACUGGAUUAUCGCCCCUUUGGAGUACGAAGCCUACCACUGCGAGGGCGUGUGCGACUUCCCGCUGCGGUCGCACCUGGAGCCCACGAACCACGCCAUUAUCCAGACCCUCAUGAACUCUAUGGACCCGGGCUCCACGCCGCCCAGCUGCUGCGUGCCCACCAAACUGACGCCCAUCAGCAUCCUUUACACGGACGCGGGCAACAACGUGGUCUACAAGCAGUACGAGGAUAUGGUCGUCGAGUCCUGCGGGUGCAGGUAGCACCGCGCCUCUUUGUCUCCCCCUGGAGGGGAAAUCAAGAAGCACAGGGGAACUUGGAGAGUGAGAGUCAGAGAGUGCGCAGACCAUGGACUCGCGAGGGCCGGUCCUGCAGGAAGGAGAAAGCAAAGGAGGCGCUUGACGUGGUCGCUAGGGAAGCCCUCCGGAUGGGAUUUAGGAGCGCGCCUGCGCCCUGCUAAGCCAGUUUUCCCAAGUGAUAUGCGUACUGUCCGGGGGGAGUCACGCGGGGGACAGGUGAACCGGCCCGCUAGACAUUGCGCUUGCGCAUUCCAGGCUGCCAAUCGCGCAAGUAAAGACACGUGCUCGGUCGGCGACUCGUUGCUCUGAAUGCACGUGGCGAAGGCUAGGAAGAAAGCGGGCAUGUGGCCCGUGCCUUAUCGCUAAGAGUAGCCGGCCCCAAUCGGCUCCCACGUAGUUGGUCUUUCGAGGGAGGAUCUUCCCCAGGCACUGGGUCUCUUGAAGCAGGACCCGGAGACGAGAGCCUUUCGUUCGUUAGGCGGCUCACUUAAGUUUGAUCCCAUCUUAAUCUGCAGAUAAGAGGCGCUCAGAGUAGGGUUUGGAGGGACGGGGGCAGGGAGGCCCUCCAGAUCUCUGGGAGAUAUAAGCAGUGCUUUUAGGAACAGAAUUUCCAGAGACGGAAGAAAAGGCAGUAGUUGAUAGCCGCUUUCACAAGUGAUGCUGAUGUCUUGUCCCAGGUUAGCUUGCUGGUUCAGUGUUUACAACGGCUCUCUCCCACUUUCCAACCUGCACCAGUAACGUGGCAUUCACAUUGCCUGGGUGCUUCGAUCGUAUGGGUUGUUUUCCUCCCUUUUUGUCCAGGAUUAAGGUGGGGUAGAGAAGCCUUAAAGACUCUCCCUGCUGAGAGCAGCAGCAGACAGUAACGCGGGAGGGUGAGGCCUUGGGGAUUGCUGUGGAAAAGGAUCCUUGGGGACAGAGAAUGCCAAAUACUGCCCUUUAAGUGGUGGAUGGUAUUCUCAGAAUUAUGUGGUGAUCUGGACUCUUCUUUUAAGGGAAGGAAUUGGGAAGAGUAAGCGCAGAACAGAGCUGAUUUGAUCUUAAUACUUAUUUCCUUUUUCUGUUCCCUUGCAAGAUUAUCAUGCUGAAGCAGCCUUCAGAGCCCCUCCCUCCCUCACACCAAGCAGAAUUCCAGAGUGUAAUUACCAGUUAGGUUGGGCUUUAGAUCCUGCUAAUGAACAGCUGUGAAAGGAGUUUACAGAAAGCACAGACAAGAUAGCUUGUUUAGAUGGUCUUGGAAACACCUUUUAAUUUCAAGGUAAAGUGUCGCCAGGCAGAGGUCCAGGAAAAGGCAGGUGCUUCAUCGCAAGCUAUGGCAGUAUUACACAGUUGCUCAGACGUGAUGCUGUUGAGAGCACACAUCACUGUAAACAUUUACUUUCUUUCCCAGCUUUCCAUAAAUAAUGGCUUUACAUACAAGAUAAUGCACUUCUGAGCAUUCCUGAAGUCCUGUAGCAGUUUCCUUCCUCCAAUAAGUUCUAGAACAGUUGGACUAUCUGACUUGACAGGGCUGCAAAAUAGCUGGGGUGAGGUGGGAAGUACAAGUGUAAAAAAUAAAUAAGGAAAUAAGUAAUAUAAUAAUGCUAAUAAAGGAAAGUCUUGGCCAGGAGCAAUAGUUUUGUUUUUUAAAAUGCACACUUUGGUUUGGAUGCACUGUUGUUCAUAUUGAAGCUGUAAAUAUUUGUUUAUUUAAAUAGACUGCAACGCGCAAAAAUGGUGGUGAACAACAUUCAUUUCUUCCCCCCUCCCUAAUGUCCAGAACAUGAUAUGCACUCAAAUGUCUAAUAUUUUUUUAAAAAGUUUAUAUAUGAGCUGUACAGAGUUGAGCAUUAAUCAAAUAUUUCAUUUGUAUGUCUGUAUUGUUAUUUUUUUCUUUUUGAAAUGUUAUUGCAAGAUCUAAAAUUCUGUGUUAAUAAUGGAGAAUUCUUUUUCUGUUGUCUACCUCACACCAUUGCAAGGGCACAAUCCACUGGGAAUGUCUGCUUGUGGAAGGCCCAAGUAGUAAUUCAGAAGGUCCCAGGUUCAAUCCCCGGCAUCUCCAGGAAGGGCUAGGGGAGAUUUGUCUGAAAUCCCAGAAAGCUGCUGCCAGCCAGUGUAGACAGUACUGAACUAGAUGGACCAUUGGUCUGACUCGGUCAGAGGCAGCUUCCUAUCUUUCUUUGCUCUCACACAGUUCCUGUUCAUUUCUCUGAGGCUCAAAGAUGAGAACUUCCUGCUGGGUUGUGCUCCAAAUAUUUACAACCCUAAAGUUCACUGAGGUAAAUUAACAUGCGGAACCAUUUUACUGGAUGGUACUAAAACUAUGACUGUAUUAUUAAACUCUUUCUUCCCCGGAAGUCAUUUGUUUUUUUCUUGUGCUAUUAUGAUUAAAUACCAACACAUUUUUAACAUAUCAGAAUAUUGGCUACAAUUCUAAAAAUCAAUCAGUCAACUUGUAACAAGCACCAGCUUAAAAACAAAAAAAGCAGUUCUAAUUUUCAAAGCGCUUGGAUUUCACAGAGUGAAGAUACAUUUAUAAAUGUGUGUAACUUUCACCUAAUAGGGUAAUAUCAACAGAAGAAGUGUGUGUGUGUGUAUACAGAUGUGUGUGUAUUCAUAUAUGAACAGCAGUUAUGUUGGAUAUGUUUUUAUACAUUAUAUCUUGUGCAGUGCAAAGAAAAAAAAUGAUUAAUGAAUCUGCAUGCAGUAGAAAUUAAUCAUGAAAAUAUAUCAUGUAGUACUCAUAUUGGCUGCAUGUUCACCAUGUGUUUAAGGUACAUGGCUUCCCCUAGAGAAUCCUGGGAAUUGUAAUUUACCCCACACAGCUACAAUUUUCAGCACCCUUAACAAACUACAGUUCCCGGGAUUCUCUGUGGGAAGUAUAGAAUCAUAGAAUAGUAAAGUUGGAAGGGGCCUAUAAGGCCAUCAAGUCCAACCCCCUGCUCAAUGCAGGAAUCCAAAUCAAAGCAUUCCUGACCGAUGGCUAUCCAGCUGCCUCUUGAAUGCCUCCAGUGUCGGAGAGCCCACUACCUCUCUAGGUAAUUGGUUCCAUUGUCGUAUGGCUCUAACAGUUAGGAAGGUUUUCCGAUAUCCAGUCGAAAUCUGGCUUCCUGCAACUUGAACCCAUUAUUCUGUGUCCUGCACUCUGGGACGAUCGGGAAGAGAUCCUGGCCCUCUUCUAUGUGACAACCUUUCAUGUACUUGAAGAGUGCUGUCAUAUCUCCCCUCAGUCUUCUCCAGGCUAAACAUGCCCAGUUCUUUCAGUUUCUCCUCAUAGGGCUUUGUUUCCAGUCCCCUGAUCAUCCUUGUUGCCCUCCUCUGAACCUGUUCCAGUUUGUCUGCAUCCUUCUUGAAGUGCAGAGACCAGAACUGUAUGCAGUAUUCAAGAUGAGGCCUAACCAGUGCUGAAUAGAGGGGAACUAAUACUUCACACACUUUGGAAACUAUACUUCUGUUAAUGCAGCCUAAUAUAGCAUUUGCCUUUUUUGCAGCCACAUCACACUGUUGGCUCAUAUUUAACUUGUGAUCAACGACAAUUCCAAGAUCCUUCUCACAUGUUGUAUGGCUGAGCCAAGUAUCCCCCAUCUUAUAACUGUGCAUUUGGUUUCUUUUUCCUAAGUGUAGAACUUUGCAUUUAUCCCUGUUGAAUUUCAUUCUGUUGUUUUCAGCCCAAUGCUCCAGCCUAUCAAGGUCCCUUUGAAUUUUGUUUCUGUCUUCCACGGUAUUAACUA